AUGUCACGAAUAAUCCUCAAGUCGUCAUUCGGAUUGGGAUCACUUGGGAUCGCGUCCUACUUCUGGAGUUUUGGAAAAUCAUCCAACACCCCAUCUCCUACGUCGAAUCCUUCUACACCAUCGUCAAAUUUGCCAGGUCCACCGAAAUCCAAUAGAGACACUGCAGUAUUUGACCCUUCAUCAAUUAAUCCUGAAGCUUUUUACAAGUACGGUUUCCCUGGUCCAGUUCAUGACUUAUCAAGUCAUUCUGAGUUUGUUAGUUGUUAUGAUAGAGCAAAACGCAAUCCAUAUUGGGUGAUCGAGCAUCUUACCAAACAAUCAUUGACACGAAACUCUGAUUCAGGAGAUCGUAAGAAAUCCAUCUUUAAGGAAGAUGAAUCGAUCCCUAUUAAAUUCAGAAACAAAUUACGUGACUAUUUCCGAAGUGGAUAUGACAGAGGACAUCAAGCACCAGCAGCUGAUGCCAAAUAUAACCAAUUGGCUAUGGAUGAGACUUUCUUGUUGACCAACAUUUCACCACAAGUGGGCGAUGGAUUCAAUCGUGAUUAUUGGAGUCAUUUUGAAGAUUUUGUUCGUAGAUUGACCAAUUCUUAUGAUAAUGUCAGAGUCAUGACUGGUCCAUUGUAUUUACCAAAAUUAAUGCCCGAUGGGAAAUAUAGAGUUAGUUAUGAAGUUAUUGGAUCACCACCAAAUAUUGCAGUGCCAACUCAUUUUUUCAAGUUGAUUGUAGGAGAGAGAAAUGGUGAUGACAAGAUUAGUUGUGCUGCUUUUGUAUUGCCCAAUGAUGUCAUUGAUAAUAGCACUUCAUUGACUAGCUUUCAAGUGCCAAUAAAUGCUUUGGAAACCUCAACAGGAUUGGAGUUGUUGCAAAAAGUGCCAUACUUCAAAAAGAAGGAUUUGUGUAAAGAGGUAAAGUGCGAAAUCAUAGUAAGAGAGUUUCCAAAGCAGGUGAACAAUGUGUUGGCCUUGCCUAGCGGGAAAUAG